GUGACAUGUCUGAGAGUAAAGCCAAGAAGAUAGAAAUCAAGGACGUGGAUGGGAGGACGCUGAAUAAGCUGAUUGACUACAUCUAUACGGCAGAAAUUGAGGUGACCGAAGAGAAUGUCCAGGUGCUGCUCCCAGCGGCCAGCUUGCUGCAGCUCAUGGAUGUUCGGCAGAACUGCUGUGACUUCCUGCAAUCUCAGUUGCAUCCCACCAACUGCUUGGGCAUCCGAGCGUUUGCAGACGUGCACACCUGCACCGAUCUUCUGCAGCAGGCCAACGCUUAUGCAGAGCAGCACUUUCCAGAGGUGAUGCUGGGGGAAGAAUUUCUUAGCCUAAGUCUGGACCAAGUGUGCAGCUUGAUAUCCAGUGACAAGCUGACCGUUUCUUCAGAGGAGAAGGUAUUUGAAGCUGUGAUUUCAUGGAUCAAUUAUGAGAAAGAAACCCGUUUAGAGCACAUGGCAAAACUGAUGGAACAUGUCCGUCUUCCUCUCUUACCGAGGGAUUACCUGGUCCAGACGGUUGAAGAAGAAGCUUUGAUAAAGAAUAACAACACCUGUAAGGACUUCCUCAUCGAGGCCAUGAAAUACCAUCUGCUCCCUCUGGAUCAGAGGCUCUUGAUUAAGAACCCGAGGACCAAGCCCAGGACUCCAGUCAGCCUGCCCAAGGUCAUGAUUGUGGUUGGUGGCCAGGCCCCCAAGGCGAUCCGCAGCGUGGAAUGCUAUGAUUUCGAAGAGGACCGGUGGGACCAGAUUGCUGAGCUUCCCUCCAGGAGAUGCAGAGCAGGUGUGGUGUUCAUGGCUGGUCACGUGUAUGCUGUGGGCGGGUUUAAUGGCUCACUGCGAGUGCGAACCGUGGAUGUAUAUGACGGUGUGAAGGACCAGUGGACAUCCAUCGCCAGCAUGCAGGAGCGCCGGAGCACUCUGGGCGCAGCCGUACUCAAUGACCUGCUCUACGCUGUGGGGGGCUUUGAUGGCAGUACUGGCCUAGCGUCCGUGGAAGCCUACAGCUACAAGACCAACGAGUGGUUCUUCGUGGCCCCGAUGAACACGCGGCGGAGCAGCGUGGGUGUGGGUGUCGUGGAGGGGAAGCUGUAUGCUGUCGGGGGUUAUGAUGGGGCUUCCCGCCAGUGCCUGAGCACCGUGGAGCAGUACAACCCGGCAACCAAUGAGUGGACGUACGUGGCAGACAUGAGCACCCGCCGCAGUGGUGCAGGAGUCGGGGUGCUCAGUGGCCAGCUGUAUGCCACGGGCGGGCACGACGGGCCCCUGGUGAGGAAGAGCGUUGAAGUUUACGAUCCCGGAACAAACACCUGGAAGCAGGUGGCAGACAUGAAUAUGUGCCGGCGAAACGCAGGAGUCUGUGCAGUGAAUGGGCUCCUGUAUGUGGUUGGAGGGGAUGAUGGAUCCUGCAACUUGGCUUCGGUGGAGUACUACAAUCCUGUCACCGACAAAUGGACGCUGCUACCAACCAACAUGAGCACGGGGCGGAGCUACGCAGGUGUCGCUGUGAUUCACAAGCCCUUGUGACCCCCACGCCCAUGGCCAGGAGGUGGAGGAGCGGAGGGGUGCUGCCUGUGGCUCAGAACAGCAGCACCCUGACUGCCACU